GGAAAGGUAGACAAAUGAUGGAUAGUAGGGAUUGCCAUUUGAAGCAUGUUUUAUUUGGGAGGGUAUACAUACUAUACAAUAAAAGUAGUCAAUGCUGUCAGGGUUCCCCGGGUCGUAACGCGGGAAGCAUGUUGCAGGGUUGUAUUUUUGGCUUGCUGGUGGAUUUGCAACCGGAUUGCUGUCCCCCAGAACAGGAGCCUGGUUUUCCAAAAAAAAAAAAAAAGGAGCUAAGUUCGGCGAACACAUAGAAUGGUAGACGGGAACACUUAACGAACAAAAAAGAAAGUACUGGGAGCUUGAUGGGAAAGUACUGGAUAAUUGUCCAAUGUCCUGACAUUAUGCAUGAUUGAUUGUGUUGGCAUUUGGGAUGGUACAGGUGCUGUAUGUCUGUCUGUGCCACUGGCGCAAGUGAUUGCAGUUUUGGGUCCUCUACAGGAAUUGCUAAUGCGAGCUGCAAAUUUCCGGGUUUUGAGGUCUAUUCCAUGCCUGGAUUGCUUGACAAACGCAGAGCUAGAGCAGUUGACGAGGACUCUGGGUGUCAGGAAGGUUCGACCUUCUGAGCAAAUCUAUGGCACGGGUGACCCAAGCGACUAUUUGUACAUAAUUCGCAAAGGAUCUGUGCUCGAGUUGCCAGCAUCCAGCAACCCAAGCAGUCGCCUAAGUAGUCCAAGGCCCAGAAGCCAUCGGGGCAUCCAAGAACCUAAAUCCUUUGGAAGGGGAAUGUACUUUGGUGACAAAGGAUUUCUGUCUGGUGAACCUCGCACUAGCACAGUGGUUGGAGGCCGUCUUGUUAUGGGAAUGUCGAAUGCGUCAGGGACGGGUUUUCAAGGCGAGAAUACCGAAGAGUCUCCUGCUGAGGCAUGGGUUGCUGAAUUGUACUAUUUGGAUAGGUCAGUCAUUGAGGCAAACUUUGGGCCUUUGGAUGAGCUAAGGCACAAACGGCAGCUUGAGACCCAGAAGCAAUCGAUAAGACAGAUGAUCAAGCUUGAGGACUUGGAGGAGAUCGGCCUCCUCGGAACAGGGCUUUUUGGGAAAGUCAACCUUGUGCUUGACAAAGCCAGUGGACAGUACUAUGCUCUCAAGUGUGUGAGCAAGGAUAAGGUGGUGAGAAUGCAGGAAGAGGAACACUUAAGGAAUGAAAAGGCUAUCUUAGCCGAACUGGAUCAUCCAUUUAUCGCAAAGCUGAUAUGCACUUUCAAGGAUGAUGCACAUGUAUUUUUUCUUCAGGAAUUGACAGUGGGAAGGGAGCUUUUCUUGUACAUGGAGAAAACUGGCAAGCUUACCGAAUCAGCAGCAGCCUUUUAUGCAGGGGCAGUUCUUCUUGCACAGCGAGAUUUUGAGAGUGUGAGGAAGGGCAAGAGGAACGUUCGUCCAAACGUCAGGAGAGAGCGGACCCCUCUUGAGAGAUCUACUGACACCCCUUCCUCCGGCAUGGCAAACAUCACAUCUGCCCAAUGGCAGGCCAUGCUGGAUGCAGCAGAUGAAAACGAGAGACCGUUCUUCCAGAAGCUUUAUGAUGAUGCCGUGCAGAGGGAAAGGGAGGCAGCGGCAACAGCCAGAGCCGCCAACAUUGCUGAUCAGGUGGCUCUCCUUCGGAUCCCGGAAGCCAAUGCUGACCGGUUCCAGGAGGGACUAGCUGCUGUCGUAGCAGCCUUGGUUCAACUGCGGAACUUGGAAGACCUUGAGUCCCAUGCAACAGCGCUGGAGCAACGGAACCAAGAGCUGCAGGCUGAGAUAAUCAGCCUCAAACAGUCCCAACUGUCUGCCCCCCGCGCUCCUAACCCUCGAUCUGUUGCAGUCCCAGUAUCUCAAUCUAACACAGUCCUCAUGGCAAGAGCAAGUGGAACUGUGGCAAGCGCAAGCGCUGGUGCCAGCUCCUCAAGCGGCAGCGCCAACAGUUUUGGACUAGUCAUAGUCCCAAAUGCGGGGACAUCAGCCCAAAACGCCACAGUCCUUACUGGCGUUCAGUACAGCGGUCCCGUAGUGGACAAGCGGGUGGCCACCUUGCCGUCCAAGUAUGACGGGAAAGCGGACAUCACCUUUUGGAUUAGUUCCAUGCGGUCAUACUUCGAGGUCAUGCGGACACCGCAAGAGGACCGAMGUAUGAUCAUGGGGACUAAUACUGAGCCCGCCGUACGGAAUCACAUUGAGCUCCAAGCUGUUGCUGCAGGUUAUGAACGAAUUGACCUGACUGAGUGGCUGAAGGUGGGCAACCAAGAGGUUGUCACCUCUACACAUGCUGUCAAAGGUGUGCGCGUCACCUUUGACAAGGACCGCACUGUCACACAUGAGCUCAACUUCUAUGUCAUGGACAAGUGUCUGUUCCACGCGGUCAUUGGCUUGGGCUGGUUAAAGGCUCAUUGCCUAAGGACCACGUGGGCGGACAAUCAGUUCGUGGUGCGUGAUGCCAAGGGGAACGAGCGUACAGUUCGAUUGGAUGAGACGCGCGAGUCCCCUGUGACUCUUCUAAGUGCAACCAAAUUCUGCAAAUCAGUGCCCAGGCGCAAGGAAAUUGAGCAUGUACAUGUAGCUUUUGUAAAGCCUCUCCAUGUGCCUUCUACUUUUGCUGCGUUUUCUACCUCGGUAAGUAACUCUACUUCUACCACCUCUGCUUCUAUUGUGAAUAAUCCUUCUACUUCUAAUCCGGUUGUCAUUGCUGUAAAUUCUCAGUCUAAUUUUCUUUCUCCUGAUGAGGAUGAUCCUCCACCGAAAAUCCCAACAAACAUUCGCCAGCUAUUAGAUCGAUUCCCUGAAGUUUUGGCCGAAUCUCGUGGAGUUCCCGAGCGUCCGGUCAAACACAAGAUCGAGAUAAUAGAAGGGAGUUUUCCUCCAAAGGGCUGCGUCUACCGUAUGGGGCAAGGCGAGUUGGAGGAGUUGAGGAGGCAGAUUGAUGACAUGAUUGAUCGUGGAUGGAUUAGGCCUAGUGAGUCUGAGUUCGGCGCACCUGUCCUGUUUGUGCCAAAGAAAGGAGGCAAACUCCGGAUGUGCGUUGACUAUCGUGGCCUAAACCGUAUCACCCGGAAGGACGCGUAUCCCUUGCCUCGUAUAGAUGAUCUGCUAGAUGCUGCAGGUGGGUGCAAGGUCUUCUCCAAGAUCGACCUCAAAUCUGGCUACCACCAGAUUGAAGUUGAUCCGAGUGACCAGCACAAAAAUGCAUUCAAGACACGCGAUGGGUUGUACGAAUUCGUCAUUAUGCCCUUCGGUCUUACAAAUGCACCAGCCACAUUUCAGAGUCUCAUGGACAAGGUACUCCGCCAUCAGCUCAACAGGUUUGUGGUCGUGUACCUUGAUGAUAUUCUGAUUUUCAGCAAAUCCAUGGAAGAGCACCUCAAACACCUUGAGGAAGUUUUGCAGGUCCUCAAGGAGGCGCAACUUCACCUCAACUUAGAGAAAUUUGAGUUUGGGAGGGACAACGUCAUCUAUCUUGGGCAUAGGUUGUCCGCAAACGGCCUUGAGCCGGAGGCAACCAAGGUUGAGGUAUGUCAAAGAACCGAGGUCCACAGGCAUAAGCCUUAUGGCCUGUUGAGACCCCUCCCCAUUCCUGAUGGACCCAGUGAGUCGAUUUCCAUCGACUUCACGGACAUGGGAAAGGUGAGUGAGGCAGGAAAUUCACAAGUCAUGGUCAUCGUGGACCGCUUCUCCAAAUUUCUGAACUUGAUUCCUUUCCCUCCCCAUGCCCCAACUGAACUUGUCAUCGAAGUAUUCCAUCAGCAGUACAUUCUGCAAUUUGGCGUCCCGAAAACUAUUGUGAGUGAUCGGGACACCAGAUUCAUCAGCAAAGAUUGGAAGGACUUUACCUCUCAAAUGUAUGACAUUAAACUGAACAGGACUUCUGGUCGACACCCCGAAGCCAAUGGUUUGGCCGAGGAGAUCAACCAGACUGUCAUCCAACUACUUCGCGCAUUGAUUGUUCCAGAUCAGAACACGUGGGACAAGGAGCUGCACAAAGUGAAGGGACUGUAUAAUAACUCCAUCCACUCUGCAACUGGCGUGCCACCAAACCAGUUGCAAUAUGGAUGGCCGAUGCAAGCAGCGUACCUAUGGGACGAGGCCAGGACACUUUGGGACAAAAUAAUGGACUCCCCUUUCCCCGAGCGUGAGGAGACGCUACUGAUUGGAAGUGGUCUUCCAGCAGCCUGGAAGCAGUACCAAAAGGGCACAUUCCAGCUUAAGGCAAUAUGUAUUGUGGACAAUAUGGAAGCGCAGAUGCCAGCAGGCCGUCGGAAACAAACAAAUGCACAGACGGUGUGGGCGACUGUGUUGCCUUAUCUUGUUGAGAGCAACUACCGCGUUCUCCUUUACGACUUAGCCGGAUCCGGUCGAUGCGACCCUGGCUGCUUCUCUGCUUCCCGUCAUUCCACUCUGCAAGGAUUCGCUGACGACCUGCUGCGCAUCCUGGACGAAGUGAGACAGUCUCCUCCCUUUGCCAAGGGCGUACUAGGAGGAGGAGAGAAGGGAGGAGGUGGAAGAGCAGGAUGUGGAGGUAGAGCAGGAGGAGAGGAGGGAGGAGGAGGAGGAGGAGGUGGAGUUGACAGCAGCCUGGAAGACAUCAUCUACGUCGGCCAUUCAAUGUCUGCCAUGAUCGGUAUUCUUGCCGCCGUGCAACGACCCCGAAUGUUCAGGCGAAUUAUCUCUUUGAUGGGUUCUCCAAGGUACCUUAAUGACUCCGCCUACGUCGGGGGCUUCGAUCGAGAAGACAUCGAUUCGACCUUCCAGGCUAUGGUCGACGAUUACCCUGCCUGGGCCAAGAUGUUCGCCGCAAUGCUUCUUGGCCCCAGCGCAUCCCAAUAUCCAGAAGAAAGGAAGGGCAGAGAAGUCCCAGACGGAGCUUCGCCGUGGGGUCAUGCCUCCGCUGCUGGUGAGGAGGGGGUGGAGUACCAGAAGGCGGUGGAGUACGUGACUGCCGGGCUGCUGAGUAUGCGGCCAGAGAUUGCGGUCGCGAUUUCCAAGGCCAUCUUCGCCUCGGACUAUCGGUCGGUGUUGGAGCGAGUGACCUGUCCGGUGCACCUUCUCGUCACAGAAAACGACUUUGCGGUACCUCAGUCCGUGGGCCCUUUUACGAAAGACCGUUUGUGUAACGCCCCAGAGGUUCAUCUGGAGGUUCUACCGAUAAGUGGCCACCUUCCUCAUGUCAUUGCUCCCAAGAGUUUUGCAGCUGUGUUGCUUCGGCAUUUGCAAAUGGAUGACGUACUAAGCAGUCGACUUCCCGAAGCUCAGUGAUCAGUGAGCAGUCAAAACUCCGGAAGCAAAGGGAGCAGUCAAAACUCCCGAAGCACAGUGAGCAGUAAGACGAGGUCGAGAAACGGAAAAAGAAAGAAAAAUGAGAAGGGAAAGGAAAAAGGAACAAGGGAAAAGAAAAAAUGAAGUCGGCUCGGAGGUUGAGGGAAAGAACAGUAGAUGUAGAGAAGGAUGAGUGGAACGAGGAGGAAGGUUGGAGGAGGAAGUCCUAGAGGAAAAGGAAGAUGAGGGAGUAGGAGUAGGGGGAAGAGGAGGGUGAGGGAGGAGGAGGGUGAGGAAGGAGGAGGAGGAGGAGGAGGAGGAGGAGGAGGAGGAGAAAAGAAGUGCGUGGCAAAGAAACAAUGGAUUUUGGUCGCUUCUGCUGUCCGACAGUAGAGGGAGGAGGAGGAGGAGAGGAGUGUGUGGUGAAGAAACAAUGGGUUUUGGUCGCUACUGAUGUCCGACAGUAGAAUGGUUUGUGCGCUACUGAUGUCCGACAGUA